CAGCUCGUAUGCGUGUAGGACUACGUUUAGAAUGAAGUACGUAUGAAUUAUAUGGUGAAAAAGACUGAACCGUAGACAGAUAUGGAAGGACAUGAAGAAGAUGACUUAGAGGAGCUGAAUUCAACUGUUUGUACACUUCCACCGAAUGUACAAAAUGUGAUUGAACAGGUUUUACCUAGUACGGAUCCAUUGGACCAACCAAACUUCAAUGUAGUGGACUAUAUAAAUUCACUGUUCCCAACAGAACAGUCCCUCUCAAACAUAGAUGAUGUAGUAAAUAAUAUGGAAUUAAAAAUACGUACCAUUGACAAACAGAUCCGCUCUGUGGUACGUGGUCAGACAAAUGUAGGACACGAUGGAAGAGCAGCAUUAGAAGAUGCACAAAAAGUCAUAAAGCAAUUAUUUGUACAUAUUAAAGAUAUAAAAGAUAAAGCUGAACAAUCUGAGGAAGUGGUUAAGGAAAUAACAAGGGAUAUUAAACAGUUGGACUUUGCCAAAAGAAAUCUCACUGCCUCAAUAACUGCUUUAAAUCAUCUGCAUAUGCUUGUAGAAGGUGUAGAUACCUUAAAGGUAUUAACACAAAAGAAACAAUAUGGUGAAAUUAUAUUACCAUUGCAAGCUGUCAUGGAAGUAAUGCAACACUUUAAUAGUUACAUGGAUAUACCUCAAGUGAAACAAUUGUCCGAUGAAGUGAGUCACAUACGUCAUGAAUUGGCCCAACAAAUUACAACAGAUUUCAAACAAGCAUUCUCUGGUCAAAACCCAAAGUCCUUUAAUCAACUAACAGAAGGCUGUUUAGUGUUAUCUAUAUUAGAUAUACGUAUAUUCAAGAAAGAUCUGCUUACCUGGUUUGUGGGUAUUCAGUUACAAGAAUAUGCACAUCUGUUUGAAGAGAAUCAAGAUUUUGCAUGGUUGGAUAAAAUUGAUCGUAGAUAUGCAUGGAUAAAAAAGCAUUUGCUCGAUUUUGAAUCGAAAUUCGGGACAAUCUUUCCACAAGACUGGGAAAUUUCAGAAAGGAUCGCUGUAGAAUUUUGUAAUGUCACGCGAGAAGAUCUGACUAGGCUAAUGCACAAAAGACGUUGUGAAAUAGAUGUAAAAUUAUUACUCUAUGCAAUUCAAAGAACUAGUAACUUUGAGUCAUUGUUAGCAAAAAGAUUUAGUGGUAUUACUUUAGAAAAUACGGAAACAGUAAAUAAAAAAGGUACUAUCAAUACUGAUACCACAGAUAAAGUUCAGGACAAUCCAUUUGAAGAGAAUGAACAGGUACAAAAUGAAAAACCGAAGACAUCGCCGUUUUCAAAUCUCAUUGGUACAUGUUUUGAGCCAUAUUUAAACAUUUAUAUAGAAAGUUUAGAUCGCAAUUUAGCGGACUUAAUGGAGAAAUUUAUAUCGGAUUCUAAAACACAACCACCCGGUGCUAAAGACUUUGAUGGUAUCGAGGGACCUAGUAGCGUUUUAUCUUCCUGUGCAGAUUUGUUUGUAUUUUAUAAAAAAUGCAUGUUGCAAUGUACACAACUUAGCACUGGCUUGAUUAUGUUAAGCCUGGCUGAAACUUUCCAAAAAUAUCUGCGAGAAUAUGCCCUUAAAAUUCUUCAAAAUAAUUUACCCAAAAUUGGAGGCAGUGCAGGACUUGCCACAAGUAUGAGUAGUAUAACACGUGACUUCCGAGAUCUCUCAACUUCCGGUUUUAUACAAAAUUUUCAAAGUUUUUUGAAAGAAGGUGAAAAUACUAGGUUUAGCAAAGAAGAACAAUCACGUAUAUGCUGCAUAUUAACUACAGCAGAAUAUUGCUUAGAAACAACGCAACAGUUGGAAGAAAAGUUGCGUGAGAAAACAGAUAAAUGUUAUGCUGAAAAAAUUAAUUUGUCUCAGGAACAAGAUAUUUUUCACAAUGUCAUAUCAAAUUGUAUCCAACUACUUGUUCAAGAUUUAGAAUCGGCAUGCGAAUCCGCGUUGACUGCAAUGACCAAGGUUCAAUGGAGUGUCAUAGAAGUUGUUGGUGAUCAAAGCAAUUAUGUCAAUACUAUUGUGGCACAUCUGCGACAAACAAUACCUACUAUCAGAGAUAGAUUGUCUUCAUGCAGGAAAUACUUCACACAACUGUGUGUGAAGUUUUCAAGCUCUUUUAUAGUGAAAUUAGUACAGCAAUUAUAUAAAUGCAAACCUUUAAAUACCGUGGGUGCUGAACAAUUAUUAUUAGAUGUGCACAUGCUGAAAACUGCUCUUUUAGAUCUUCCAUCAACAGGUUAUCAAGUACAAAGAAAAGCGCCAGCGACAUAUACUAAGGUAGUAGUAAAGGGCAUGGCAACUGCUGAAAUGAUUCUCAAAAUUGUAAUGUCACCAAUUGAAACUCCAAAAGAUUUUGUAAAACAAUGUAGAAUGCGUCUACCGGAUUUACAAGCGCCCGAAUUUCAAAAAAUUUUGGACAUGAAAGGUUUGAAGAAAACAGAACAAGUUCUAUUGUUAGAACAAUUUAAACAGCCUGAGAAUAUGGUUGUCUCGCAUGACACCAGAAGUCAUAUUAUUCAAGACAGUCCGGAACACGAAGCCGGACGAAUAAAGAGACUAGAAAAAUUGAUAAAGAAAAGAAUAUAA